UUUUUAUUUGGUUACAUCCAUAAUUAACCAACGAGGACGUUUUAUUUCCCACCCUCCCGCUAAUCUGCGCCAUUAUGUCCCGAGUCUGUCUGUCUGCUCGGCCCGGAAACAGCUGUCUCCAUAGUAACCCCGAGGCACAAACUUUUGUUCAGUUGAUUAUAGUUUUUCAGAAACAUGAGUGGAGAUAGCGACUACAGCAAAUUCGAUUUGGCACGCCUGCAGUCCGAGCUUGAACAUGAGCGGGAAAUGAAACAAAUGCUCGAAGAGUCAGUGUCUGACCUGCGGAGUACCAUGUGUGAACUGCAGGACAGACUGCACAGUGUUGAUGGAGAGGAAAAUGAGUGGAAGACUAGGUAUGAGACACAGACUGAGCUAAAUGGACAGUUGGAGCGACAGAUGUCAUUCAUUCAUGAGAGACUGGAGGACCUACGAGGAAACCCCAUGGAUCGAUUGGCCUCCAUCCGAACGUUUGAUGACAUGUCGGUAGAAACUCUGAGACAGCGUCUGAAGCUCCUGACUGAGGAGAAGUCAGACCUCCAGAGACAGCUCAUGGACGCUCAUAGCAGAAUUGAACAGGAGGGAAAGGCAUUUCAUAAAACCAAUGAUGAGAGGCGGGCCUACCUUUCAGAAAUUGCUAAGCUGUCCUCGACACUCGAAGCACAGAGAAGACAGUACUCCACUGAGGCACAGAGGGCAGCAGAGAGCAAACACAAGAGAGGGAGGCAGACCAGCAGGAAAGCAGAGGCUGAUUCUAAGAAGGGAAAAGAAAGAGAAGACGAUGGAGACAGAGCAUGUGUGAAAGGAGGAGGUGGCAGCAAUGGAGUCACAGCAGAGAGAAGAGAAGAGAAGAAGUCCCAAAGGGGAAGCAGGUUACCCACACUAAAGUACUACCUGAAACACAACCCCUGAAACCCUCCUGGUGUUAUAGCCCUUUUUAAAAAGAGAGGUGGCUUUGUGUACAUUUCUCAAAAGAGUAUUGGGAGGAAACAUUGCAUUUCCGAUGCAGAUUAUCCUGUGGUGUUUAUUGAUGUCAAAUACAGUGGUAUAACAUAUUACAUUGAUAAGGAAGUCCGGCCUUAUUAUCGCCUUAUACCUUUCUUUAUUUCAACAAAAAGAGUAGCAUUGAAGAGAAACAUUUUAAAGGGAGGAAUAUCACAGUCUCCAGUGAGGUUGUCUCCUAAAGUACCAGAAGCCUGCUGAGUCUGACAUUUCUUGUGUCGCUGCGUUUUUUUCCAAAACACCUCCUACGACUAGUAUUACGUAAGCAACACCACAUCUACCACUCUCUCCAAAUGCAGUUCAUCCACAGAGCAACCAGUCACCCCCCCGUCCCACCCACUGACAGCCUUUACAAAAGUAGGUGUAAGAAUACGCUCUCCAAAUGAGAUGCAGUAGUGAAUAGGAAAAUUGCCCGAAGCUGUUUCAGUUGUGUUUGUGAAGAGUGUGGAGGAGGGGUUCAGUUUUGUCAGCCUCAAAUCACUGAAUAGAAACAGAAUCCGAUGGGGAAAAACAACAUGGAUUUAUAAAUUAAUCUUGGCUCUAGGUUAAUGAAUAUAGCUGUUUUCUUGUUUACUGAUUGAAGUCCAAUGACUUAAUAUUGGUGAGCUCAGAGAAUAUGAACAAAAAUAGUAUUUUUUAUAAUAAACGUGUAUAGCACUAUCUGCUCUGUGAAUGCAUUUCCAGAGCUUUGUAAUGGUCACAAGGAAAACCUGCCUUUAACUAAAAUAGCAAAGAUAAGCCCCUGUGUCGACAAGCGCCACACCAGCUGAAUAGUCUUUUAGCAUAAUUCUGCAUAAACUUAGAAACAAAUAUUGGUUUCCCUCCUAAAAGACCAAAUACUUAUACUACACGAUGACUGUUAUGUAGUACUGCUGCUUCUUUUUAUUUGAACCUUUUCAAACACACUGCUUAAAUAAUGCUUUGAGCAACAAUUUCGAUUGGUGAGCAAUGUUCAAACAUUCCAAAUGAAACUUAAAGUGCAACACUGUGUAAAAGUUUAAAUCUGUGAAUUUAGAAUAACAAGGUAAACAUAACAUUAAAAAGGUAUUUAUGGCAGUGUUGUACCCACACAAUAUGAUUAUUGGAUCAAAGGAUUCCUAAUUGACUUGCGUUAGAUUCUCCCUUAAAACCUGUGAAAUGUGUCAGAGAACCGGAUUUGUACACCCAUCCACAUGUUCACACACCAUCCUGUGUUGUGUGAUAUUGUAACAUAUGUAAUGCAAUGAUUAAUGAUAGAGUGGAGAAUGUGUUUUUGUCCAGCAGCAUAUGCAAUAGACUGAGAAGGUUGUCUUUGGCUGCGAAAUUAAGACUGAUUUAAUAUCCUAAAUUA